AUGGCGACCGAAACGUGGACGAUGACCCUUUCUGAGAGGCAGAGAAAACCCAAUGACCCCAACCUGCCUCCAGAGAACGAACGAGCAUUACGAGCUUGUUCGGAUAUUGUCAGCUUUCUAGUACAAGAUCAUGAAGCUCAACAAGAUCCGUCUGCUCCUAGGAAAGAUGUCAAUCUCAAUAGUCUGCGCGCAAAGAUGUCCAAGAAGCACAGAUUAAGCAACAUGCCACCACUAACUGCUAUUAUUGCUGCUAUCCCAGAGCAUUACAAGAAGUACAUUUUGCCAAAACUGAUAGCAAAGCCCAUUCGGAGUGCAUCAGGUAUUGCGGUAGUGGCAGUAAUGUGCAAGCCCCACAGAUGUCCUCAUAUUGCCUACACUGGAAAUAUUUGUGUCUAUUGCCCUGGUGGACCAGAUUCCGAUUUCGAAUACUCCACCCAAUCAUACACGGGUUACGAACCUACGUCCAUGAGAGCUAUUCGAGCACGAUACGAUCCAUUUGAGCAGGCAAGGGGACGGGUAGAUCAGAUUAAGUCCUUGGGACAUAGUGUGGACAAGGUUGAAUAUAUUAUUAUGGGAGGCACUUUCAUGUCUCUGGCGCAGAGCUACCGAGAGAGCUUUAUCUCACAGUUGCACAAUGCUCUUAGUGGAUACCAGGGCAAUAACGUGGACGAAGCAGUGGAGGCUGGAGAGAUGAGCAAUAUCAAAUGCGUUGGAAUCACAAUCGAAACUCGGCCUGACUAUUGUUUGGCAACCCAUCUGACGGACAUGCUGCGAUACGGAUGCACUCGUUUGGAAAUUGGUGUACAGUCUCUGUACGAGGAUGUUGCUCGUGACACGAACAGAGGCCAUACAGUAGCAUCUGUGGCGGAGACUUUCUGUCUUUCAAAGGAUGCUGGAUUCAAAGUUGUCAGCCAUAUGAUGCCAGAUUUACCGAAUGUGGGCAUGGAGCGAGACUUGGACCAGUUCAGGGAAUAUUUCGAGAACCCAGCUUUCCGAACAGAUGGACUGAAGAUCUACCCGACCCUCGUUAUUCGGGGUACUGGACUGUACGAGCUAUGGAGAACAGGAAGAUACAAGAAUUAUACACCCAAUGCUCUCAUUGACAUUGUAGCCCGAAUUCUGGCCCUUGUUCCGCCCUGGACUCGUAUUUACCGAGUACAGAGAGAUAUUCCUAUGCCUCUAGUCACGUCAGGUGUCGAGAAUGGAAAUUUGAGAGAACUGGCACUGAGCAGGAUGAAGGAUUUCGGAACAACUUGCCGAGAUGUCAGAACCCGCGAAGUCGGUAUCAAUGAAGUCAAGAAUAAAAUCCGGCCAUCGCAAGUCGAACUGGUCCGCCGAGACUACACUGCAAAUGGUGGUUGGGAGACAUUCUUAGCUUACGAAGACCCCAAGCAAGAUAUUCUCAUUGGACUUCUUCGUCUCAGAAAAUGUUCCAAGAAGUACACCUUCCGCCCGGAGCUCGUUGAUCAGCCAACUAGUCUCGUUCGCGAGCUGCACGUUUAUGGCUCUGCUGUGCCCGUCCAUGCUCGCGAUCCACGGAAGUUCCAGCAUCAAGGAUAUGGUACUUUGCUCAUGGAGGAAGCCGAGAGAAUCGCAAGAGAUGAGCACGGCAGUACUAAGAUCAGUGUUAUCUCGGGAGUGGGGACGAGAGACUACUAUAGAAGGCUUGGAUACUGGCUCGAUGGCCCUUACAUGAGCAAAAUUAUUAAGCCAAGGGAUGAGGGCGAUAGCGACGAUGACUUUUGA